GGUGCGUUGGCUCUUUUGCUUUCGGAUACUUUGGAACACUCAUCGGUGCACGGUUGCACGCCGUAAAUAUCCACCUCGAAAGUCAUCGAAAGGAGACAAGAAAUCAUCGUUUUAUUAAUAUAUAAACGCGAUAGUGAUACGAAAAGUGUCGGGUGCGUGUUAAUUACGCGGCCAAAAUGGUCGACGGUGUUUUGGAGGAUGGACCUCUCGUGGGCCCCGUUUAUUCUGAUGAUAAUUGGUUUUCAGCGACGACAGCGUACACGGUAGUGAUAUGUAUGGGUAUCGCGAGUGGUGUGUGCGUCGCGGCGAUGACCCGUUGGUUAUGUUGUCGACGUCGCGAGCACGUUAAACUGAGUAUCGACAAAUCACUGGCAUUUCGGCCGCCCCAUCGAAAGCCUACGGCGGUUAAAAGUCCGGGAAGUACGAGUCAUUAUUUGAAAAAGAGUCCGAGUCCGACUGGACCGGCGAAAAGUCCGCCGGGAACGGGGACCGGAGAAACACCGAGUCCGACGGGCUCGCAGACGUCGCAGCACUCGAACAAUCUUUCGUCACAGCCGAGAACGCCCUCGGCUAACGGUGGCCAGUCGCCUGUACAAACACCUUCGGGGGAAAUAACCCUCAGCUUGGAAAACGAAAGAGACAAGGCGGAAUUGGAAUCGAGUGAGAAAUCCGAAGGCGGCCGAUCCCCUAACAACGACUCGAACAAAGAUGGCCUCGGCCAAUUGAUGUUCAAACUUCGUUAUCAAGCCGAUCAGAACGCCCUCGUCGUCACUGUCGUUAAGUGCAUCGGCCUGCCGGCUCGAGGACAACAACACGUUACCAGCGAUCCUUACGUGAAACUUCAGUUAUUCCCCGAUAAACAACACAGAGUCAAAACCAGAGUGUUGCGAAAUACUCGCGAUCCUGUUUAUGACGAAGAUUUUACGUUCUUUGGAAUCUCACCGACUCAGUUACAGAAAAUCAGUCUUCACUUCGUGGUGCUGAGCUUCGACAGGUAUUCUCGCGACGACAUUAUAGGCGAAGUCGUGUUCGAUUUAGCAUCCGUAAAUAAUCUGGAGGAUGCGGACAAUCAGCAAAUAUCGCUUUAUCGUGACAUUUGUCCAAGAUGCUUGAAGAUUCAGUCGCAAGGCAGAGGGGAAUUACUGGUUUCUCUCUGUUGGCAACCCGCUACAAAACGAAUGACAGUCGUCGUACUAAAAGCGAGAAACCUACCGAAAAUGGACGUCACCGGACUCGCGGAUCCUUACGUUAAAAUAUAUUUGCUGUGCAAUUCUCAACGCAUCUCGAAGAAAAAGACUCACGUGAAAAAACGCACUCUCAGUCCCAUUUUCAACGAGUCAUUCAUUUUUGAAAUACCAAUUGAGGCUGUUGGUCUCGCUGAUAUCACUCUCGAAUUCAUGCUUCUUGAUUGGGAUCGCCUUACCAAAAAUGAGGUGAUUGGGCGAUUGGAAUUGGGCGGUACGAGGUGUCAAGGACCAGCACUGAAUCAUUGGAACGAGGUGUGGAGCUCGCCUCGACGACAGAUCGCUUAUUGGCACAAGUUGAAGGAGUAAGCGGAUCGCUGCUGUUGCAUCGUCGUUUUUCGAAACGUGAGCCAACCAAAGAACUCCCCAAAUACUCCAGCAGACUUCCUUAGGAUCAUUUUCAUCGAUCCUUCGUCAAAAAUAAUAUGCUAAAAAAGAAGAAGAAGAAGAAGAAGCAGCCCUGAAUCCCAAAAAACCGGUGCAUGUUCCCCCGUGUCGUCUAUACAAAUAAGCUCCCACCAUUUCAACCAAUCUACGCAUUCCCAUUAUGAAAAAGAAAAAUAACAAAACAUUCUGAUAAGCCGCGCGAGGAGGGACGAUUAGCUCCAUUUUAUAAUUGUAACUACACUCGCCGUCACUAGUGCGUUUUACAUCAGGCUCAAAUAUACAACGGAGACGCAGAAAGAGAGGGAGAGAGCGGACAAACACGAUGGGAAGAGAGAAGUUAAAAUAGUCGUGAUUUUUCAGUCAGGGGAUUGAGCGAAUUACAAAUUCAAAAAUCUCGUCACGCAUAAUCGGCUCAGUAUUAAGAAUUGCACCAUACAAAAAUCUUUCUAGAUCUGUUCUACUACAAAUACACUAAAGUACGAAAAAUAUCUUUCUUCAGAAUUUUAUUGUAGCCAAAAGUGAAUGUUGCCACGUGGUUAUUGAAAAUUAUUCAAAGGAACAUUCGAAGUACGUCAAAUUAAACCAAAUGUUGUAACUUUGUAAUUGAAGAUUUCGUUUUGUGUCGCAAUUUUUUCACUUCAUCGAACCAUGCAACGAAUGAUUUAUUUUUCAAAAAUCUUUCACCUUCAAGUGAAUUCGUGUUUGAAUUCAAUUUAUACGAUUUUCAAUGACCACACGGAGUCGUUUGCUUUCGCGACACAAUGAAAUUCGAUUUUUUGUACUGUUCUACAUUUGAAGGAAUCAAAGCUUUAAGAGAAGCUCUUCAACGUCGCGCUUACUUUUUUCACGCAGCAGAUUGAGUCCGUUGGGAUUUUUUGAAAAUCCGUUUUUCCUUGGUCUUUUUAUUUGAUAUUUUUAUAAAAAUUUGUAGAAAACUAGGAACAAAAAUCUGUUUAAAAAGGUUGACAUGGAAGGAAAGAACGUAAUGAGCUUUUCUUCGAGGCUUACUAUCGGCUUUUCGUUACUUCAAUAAAAAAAACCAAGCAAAAAUAAGUUCCUCUCGCGCGCCAAACUGUAUAAUCGCAUAAAUUCAUGAAAUCGAGAAAAUCUUGCUGGCGGCUCGUUUCAAAUGCUUAAUGGCGCGGUAUUAGAAAAAAAAUCCAAAAAAAAUUAGUGUGACGAACGCGAAUGCAGUGACUGCAUAGCGAGAACGAAGUCAUAAAAAUUCAACGAUUAAGUGUCGACCUCGAGUGAUAUUAAUUUUUGGGCAUUCGUGACAAAAAUGAACGUCGAAAAAUUGGAUAGUUUCAGAAAAAUCAGUGACUCCCCCUCCCCCUUUUUUUUAAUUCUCUAUUCACAAUAACAUCAUUUCAGUUUUAGUCUCUUGAACGAAAAAUUUUAGUUGAAAAAUAUUGAAAGUACCAAAUAGUAACUUUGUUUAAAUUGACUGAUUUUUCUGAAAUGAAAAUUUUACAAGUGUCAACUCGUAUGAAUAUUCGAUAUAACUAAUGACGCAUUUAAAAUAAUGAUAAAAUCGAAAGUUUCACGGGCUUUAUAAUUGUUGUCGAGAAAUUCAUUGAUCUGCGGAAUGAACGAUAAAGAGAGAUUGGUAGAGAGAAGACCAGAAUCAUGUAUCGGUCUAUCCUUGCGAUUGUACAUAUGUAAUUGAUGCCUCUGAUUAUUAUACUAUAUGGAAAAAAGCUCUAUUCAUAUUUAUUGAUUAUAAUAUAUUUUAAGAAAAACCGUAGGGGCACGAGUGCUGUAAUUGACCGCGUACAUAUGAAAACUCAUGAAAUAUGUACCUUAACUGUGCAACGAUAAACAUUCACCUGCCCUCCCUCCCUCCCUCCCGUUGCCCUGAAUAGUUAAGGAUAAAAAUUCAUACUCGAUCGAUAUCUCGCCACGUACAGUAUCAACAUUAUAAAAACGCAAUGGUUUUCAUAUGGUUUUUAUCAUUUGAUCUUGAUCGUCUCACGCAAGUCAAUAAGCAAAGCCCAAACAACUUAAUGUAACGUAGCUAAUGCACGAAAUAUUUUUGUCAAAGUUUGUGUGAAGCAAACAUUGAGUAAACAAAUGAAAUUGGUCCAUCAAAAAUCCAAUGAGAAAUGGAUGGAAAUUAAUGUAUCGGUGAACAGAGACACUCGCGUCUUAUAUCAGAUUUCCCUACCGAUAUGAACUGAUGAAUGAAAUACGAAAAAUCCAUUCGACUAAAUAUCAAAUUAUCAUUAGACUACUCGAGAAUAAAACAGAGGAACAAACGGAAAAUGUUGAUAUUUUGAAAAAAAGAGUGUCUCGUUCGUUCAAUUUAUUGUACGAAGAAGCUACGAUAAUGAUAAAGUUUUAUCAGAAUCUCCGUAUUUAAAACUUUAUUAUUACUGUACGAAUAAUUACCGAAAUGAUUAUUAUUCAUUAGCUCUGGUAGAUUAUUGCAAAAACAACAAAAAACAACCAAAUUUUGGCUUUUUCUCUCGUUUUCACGGAGACUGAACUCACAGAACGGAAAUUUUUCAGCAGCAGGUUCUGUGGAAUCGAGAGAUUCGCGGUGUAUUAUAAUAAAUAUAUUGAUUGUCGGAGAAACGAAACGAGAAUAAUCCUCGCGUAGAAUAAGAAUGAUCAAGUGUGUUAUAGAAAACGUUUGAAUCCAACUGGUUAUCGAUUCUUAUGACAAAAACACAUUUUUCAUUUCACUGAAGAUGCAAAUAGAUUGUAGUUUCGAUCCGUUUAGUGCCAUUUGUACGUUUCGCGACAUUUUUCUUUGUUCGAAUAAAAAUGAGGAAAGAGAAAAAAAGGAGGAGCAAUGGUUACGUACGGAAAUGCUACUGUAUGUGAACAGAUUUUAAGGCUGUGCGGUCAAUAAAAUAAUGUAAACUGUAAAA